AUGAAUGAGGUAGACAUUUUCUCUCUCACCUCAUUUUUUUCUUCCCCUCUCUCUCUCUCACACUCAUAUUUCUCCCCAUCAUUGGCAGCUAGUUUUUUCUCCCCCUCUCACUGGCAGCUAUUUUUUUUCUCCCCGUCUCACUGGCAGCUAGUUUUUUUUUUUUUUCUCCCCGUCUCACUGGCAGCUAGUUUUUUUUUCUCCCCCAUCUCACUGGCAGCUAGUUUUUUUUUCUCCCCCGUCUCACUGGCAGCUAGUUUUUUUUUCUCCCCCGUCUCACUGGCAGCUAGUUUUUUUUUCUCCCCCGUCUCACUGGCAGCUAGUUUUUUUUUCCACUUCUCACUCAGUUUUUCUCUCUCCUUCAUUUUUUCUCUCCCUCUUUCUCACAACACAUUUUUAUCUCCUACUCUUACCUCAUUUUUUCUACUCCUUCCUUUCUCCUCACUUCUAACACUGCAGUUUUUCCCCUUCUUUCUCACUGCUUAUUUUCUUCCCCUCACAUCUUAUUUUCAAUCCCCUCUCACCUCAUUUUCAUUUCAUUUUUUUCUAUUGCUUCCCAUUUCUUUAUCAUUUUUAUCCACUCUCUCUCUCACUCUCAUUCUAUUCUCACCUUCAUUUUUUUUCUUUGUUGCUCUUAUUAAUUCCUUUUCCUUCAUUCUUCAUUAUUCAUUCCUUAUUAAUUAA